AUGGUACAGUUCUACACGGCCAUCACUGAGUCCAUCCUCACCUUCUCCAUCACUGUGGUUUGCUGGGGCCAGUGCCAGGGACAGAGACUGCAGUGCAUUGUGCGCUCUGCUGAGAAGAUCAUCGCACUUGAAGACGGCGCUUUGUGGAACACUGAGGACCUGCUGCUGUCUCAGGAAUCAGAAUGUGUCUUCUCUUCCUCCUCCUCACUCACCGCAACCUCUGCCCCUCUGCCAGGAUGUAUAGUCCUAGGUCAAAGGUCAUCUUCACAGGACUCAAUCAAGGUGGUGGUCUCUGAGGGAUGUGUGGCUCAGGCUGAUGCUGCAGAUGGAGCCACAGGAGGUAAAGAGCUGUCCCUGUCGCCCAGCUCUCCUCUGGUUUUGACCCAUCAGAUCCGACUGGUCCCCUCUGGUCCCGGUUCUGGGUCUUGUGGGUGCGAUGGGGACUUGGCUGCCCUCAGAGCUCGGGUGGACCGGUUGGAGAGGGAGGUGUCUGCACUCAGGGAGAAGUGUGGAGAUCCAGAGAACCCAGGCUGCUGCUCCUCCAGAGAGAGCAAAGGUCCAGGCUGCUCUAUCUCGCCCGACUCUCCUCUGUGCCCAAACGACUGCAGUGACCAGGGCCGCUGUGUGGAUGGCCGCUGCGAGUGCUUCCCUGGGUUCUCCGGAGCUGACUGCGCCAACGAGGAGUGCCCUGUCGACUGUGGCCAGAGGGGGCACUGCGUGGACGGGGAGUGCCAGUGUGAUCCCGGGUUCAGCGGCCCCGACUGCUCCCAAUCCUCUUGCCCCGGGAACUGCAACAACAGGGGGCGGUGUGUGAAUGGGCAUUGCCAGUGUGAUCCCGGGUUCAGCGAUCCUGACUGCUCCCAAUCCUCCUGCCCCGGGAACUGCAACAACAGAGGACGCUGUGUGAAUGGAAAGUGUGUUUGCGAGUCUGGGUUUAUAGGAGAAAGCUGCGCCGAUAUUACAUGCCCGGGAAAUUGCAACAACAGGGGGCGCUGCAUUAAUGGGAAGUGUGUGUGCAAUUCCGGGUUUGGAGGAGAAAAGUGUACAGAUAAAACAUGCCCUGGGAACUGCAACAACAGGGGGCGCUGUGUGGACGGGAAAUGCCAGUGCAAUCCUGGGUUCAGUGGUCCCAACUGCUCCCAAUCCUCCUGUCCCAGGAACUGCAACAACAGGGGGCUCUGCGUGAACGGGAAGUGUGUUUGUGAGUCAGGGUUUGGAGGAGAAAGCUGUGCUGAUAAAACAUGCCCCGGGAACUGCAACAACAGAGGGCGCUGUGUGAAUGGACAGUGCAUAUGUGAGCCAGGGUUCGAUGGUCUGGACUGUGCCGGUAAAAUGUGCCCGGAAAACUGCAAUGGUCGUGGCGUGUGUGUGGAUGGGAAGUGUGUUUGUGAGUCCGGGUUUGGAGGAGAAAACUGCGGAGAUAAAACAUGCCCUGGGAACUGCAACAACAGGGGGCACUGUGUGGACGGGAAGUGCGUGUGUGCCAGAGGAUUUAAGGGAGUGGACUGUGCGGAGAGGGCGUGUCCAAACGAGUGCAGUGGGCGGGGAAAGUGCAUGGAGGGGCGGUGUGUCUGUGAAGGUGGCUUCACUGGAGCUGACUGCAGCGCUAAAGGAUGCCCCGGGAACUGCAACAACAGGGGGCGCUGUGUGAAGGGGAAGUGUGUGUGCAGGAGAGGCUUCAGUGGAGCAGACUGUGGGCAAUGCCAGGACGGGCUCACCGGACCCAGCUGUGACACAGUGAUGUCGGCUGUGGAGCAGCUCCGGACCAAAGACCUGACCCAAUCUUCGGUCACUGUGGUCUGGACUCAGCCUCCAGUCCAGUAUGAGUCCUACCUGCUCAGCUUCACCAGCAAGAAGGAUGGGUCAGAGGUGGAGGCAGAGGUCCCAGGCUCUGUCUCCUCCUUCACUCAGAGCGGACUGGCCCCUGGGCAGAGCUACAGCGUCACAGUGACGGGGCAAACGGGAGAGGGCAGAGGAGCUCCAAACUCUGCACUCUUCAAUACAUUGCCGUCUGGCCCCUCUGACCUCCGCGUGGUAAAGACUUCCACCUCCUCUGCCGUCGUCCAAUGGGAGCCCUCACAGUCUGACAUCGACCGGUACCGCCUCACUGUCUCCCGUGGUGACGGAGUGGGGAGAAGCCAGGAGCUGACCUUUGAACCCGGCACCAGCUCCGCCCACAUCACGCAGCUGGAACCAGGGCUUAGGUAUGACAUCACUCUGGUGGCUGAAAAGGGGAGGAGCCAGAGCGAGCCAGUGACAACGCACGCCACGCCCGGUUCGGCAAACGUUCUAGUGGCAGCUCUGACUGUAACACCCGCCAGUGAUGACAAACUAAACCUCCCAAUCGAAAAUAACUAUGAAAAUAUUGAACCACCUGAAACAUCAAGACCUGAAAAUAUACCCAAACUCAAUGCUACAAAAGUGAUCCAAAGAAUCCAAGUCCAGCCCUCUAUCGGAGACAACAGAGACACUUUUCAACCUAAAGGAGAGAGUUACCAAAUGGUCGAAUUUGGGACCAAUUUAGAGUCAAACAAGGAAAUUAAUCUGAAGAAAGGAGACACGGGCACUGGUUUGACUACUCCAGAGCCAAAGCGGACCUGCCUGAACCGUGUUAAGGUGACACAUGGAAGAUUAGGUCAAAAAAACAAAACCAGCGGGUGCAUAGAGGGCGAGACAGACCCAACAGCUGAAAGCUCAUCAGGACCCCACAGAAGCGAACAAGAACCAUCACAAAACGAAGAUUCAGAAGUGCCUAAAGAUCGCAGCUUAGUACAGCAUCAUCCUCUCCAGAGACUGUUGACGGACACUUUUAAUAAAUUAAACGUAACAACAUUUGCCAUUCACCUGUCCGAGCCUUCCAGUGUCGACGAAAAUGCAGAAAUAGUCGCUCAACAGAUCAUACAAGGGUUAACACCGAUUUCUACGAUUAAAAAGUCUAUCAAAUAUUUAGAUGGUCCUCAAAUUACCUCUUUGUCAUCAAAAAGGUCACAAACUAAAUCGACUUCUCCAACUUCUGCGCCCCAAAUUCCAGUUCUUACAAAUGCAGAAACAAUUGUAAAAGAGGAAGAUGACUCAACAGUGGAAAAUUUUGAUGAUUCCAGGCCUGAAAAAGAAAGGCAAACACCCAGAGAAGGAGGCUUGUCCAAGUAUCGCCGAACUCAACCGAAUCGUACAGUUUUUCGGCGACUACAACCUAAUCUGUGGCAUUUAAGGAACAAAACUGGACUUAUAUUAAGAACCAGUGAUGAUUCUUCACCCUCAUCGACUAAAAUGACUUCAACUUCUACAGAUUCGCCUUACCCUGCAACUGAAAAACAAUUCUCGAGCAGUGACGACGGAGUUGAUUUGAACAAUAAUGAAGAUUCUGAAAGGGCAAAGCAAGCAAAGGUACCAGUGUUAGAACAUCAACAUGUACCACAUGCAAGACCUUUUCAAAAUAAAAGUCAUCCCAAUAGUAGGUUCUUUAGGCAGCCGAUUCGACUUUUGAACAACAAAACACAAACUUCAGAGACACGGGAAGUAGGAGUAGAGGGAAUCCCCACCAGUGUGGCUCCAGGAGAGACAGAACAAAAUACUGCAAAAGAUAGAUUACCUUUAGCCCGAGGUACUUUUAACCGUUCAAGACUUGUGUUUCCACGACGACCAAAUCAAUAUACUGGACCUUUUCAAAAUAGAACCCGGUUGUUUUUGAGACCACCACAAAGAGGGCCAAUACGUAAGAACUGGACACUCCAAAAUGAACCCCAAAGCAGGAAUAGCAAUCUUGACAUACAGGAUAAGGCAGAGGCAGGAGUAGAGGCUAAAAUUCAAGCUUCAACUUCUGAAAAUCCAAAUUUAAAUUCAGACAAUUCCCCAAAAUCUAAUGAAAAUUUAAAAGAUAGGUCUCAUUUUUCAAAGUUGUUUGAAGGUGAUUCGACAGCUAUUAAUGUUAGAGCACAGGUAUCAAACAAUAGAGAUGAUCCAGGUAAUGAAGAAAGCAUAAGGCAGACUAAUGAAUCUGAACAGAUGAAAGGUCAAAACAUAGGAGAAACAGAUUCAGGCAAAGACGAUACUGAAUCUUUUACACAAAGAAUUGAAAUUGAAAAUGAUGAACAGGAGAAAAAUGUAAAAUCGGAAGUGAAUGAUCCAAAAAUUCCACAAGAUGAGCAGAACAUUUUGGAAAAUCGUGGUACAAGUAACAUGGAGGAAGAGGAUUUGACUAUAAAUGCAGACAGUGAUAAGUCUGCUAAGGAUAUUGGUCAAAAUAUUCCAGAAAGUUUUGCAAAACAAGAGCGAAAUAAAUCAAAUUCAGGAACAAGUUCUCAAGUGACAAAGACAGUUGACCAAUUUGGUGACCGAGACAUGAUUAUUUUAGCCCAAACUGAAGAGAAACCUGCUGAAACUGAUGGAAAGCAAAACAAUUCUUAUGCAACGCUUUCUAGGAGACGGUUCAAACCAGGAGCUCAGCUGAUAGGAAGAGUACCACAGCGAUUCCAAGGCAAAAUCUUUGCUCGAAAUGGUGUUGGUGGUUUAGAUCAACCAGAGAGGAGUGACCAAAACGUGGUCGCAACUAGAGGACAAAAAGAUACUGAAUUCAGAGGUCAUGAAAUUAAAAAUGUUUCUGCAAAUGAAAAACUAGAUUUAACAAAAGAGGAACGUGUGUCUACAGAUAAGAGAGGAGAACCCAGUCGUACAGUUAUUCGACGAUUACGCCCAAAUUUGUGGCAAUUACGGAAUAAAACUGCUCCCAUUGCGAGGCGUGGUAAUGGUUCUUUGCCUUCAUUGAGCAAAAAGAAUCUAACUUCUACCAAUAUGCCAAUGCGAGCAGCAGAGAUGCCAUCUUUGAGUGACAGAGAAGUGACUCAUGUGAAGUUUAGCAAGGCUUUUGAAGGGGAAAAACAGCCUCUGAGCGAUAAUGGACAGGAUGACAGUAAAACUUUGGGAAACUCUGGAGAGUCUGAAGAUCCAGGAGAACUGCGGAGGCUGGAUGAGGUCUUCUCUGAAUCCGAUUAUAAGCUCACUGUUCUGGGGAAAGGUUCCGGCGUUCUCUCCCAGCUUCACAAACUGGUCAUAAGCACAGGUCCAGAGCCGCCCACAGACCUGAUCUUCAAUCAUGUGACUGAAGACUCUGUCACCGUGUCCUGGACAAAACCCAAGUCCAAAGUCUCUGGGUUUAAACUGACAUACACCCAUGCAGAGGAGGGAGAGCCAUUUUCUGUGUCUCUGGACCAGGGAAACUCCUCCAUAGAUCUAACUCGUCUCUCUCCUGGUUCCACGUAUGAGGUCAGCAUUCUGUCAGUACUCGGUCUAGACGAGAGUGACCCCAUCUCCAGAACCUUCCAAACCUUACCGGAUCCUCCCACAGACCUCAGGGCAGUGAAUGUCACAGACUAUGGGGCUCUGCUGCUGUGGCGCCCUGCACUGGCUGCUGUGGAGAAGUAUACCAUCGUCUACGGAUCUGGAACAGACUCCAAGGUGAGAGUCAUAGUCUCUGGGAACACAGCAGAGGAACAGCUGAAUGGUCUGCAGCCCUCUACCACCUACACCGUCACCAUCAGCAGUGAACUGGACAACCGAAAGAGCACGGAUGCCACCACGAGCUUCACCACCACAGCUUCAGGAUCAGAUGGAGCUGGAGACCUCAGAGCGACAAACGUGAAGCCCCGCACCACCACGCUGUCAUGGAAACCACCAUCAAGACCUGUAAUUGGCUACAAACUGACCUAUCAGACGGAAGGACAGAAAAAGGAGGUGUCUGUGGGAGCUACAGUGACACAGUUAAACCUGACACGGUUGUUCCCAGGGGCGGAAUAUUCUGUGGAGCUGGAGGCUCAGGGUGGAGGAGGAGGAGAGGUUCUGUACACAACAUUCACCACCGGCUCCCUGCGGUUCCCCUUUCCCUCAGACUGCUCUCAGGAACAGUUGAAUGGUCUCAGUGUCUCCGGCCUGGUGGACAUUUUCCCUCUGGGGCGACAGGGGGCAGCACUGAGUGUGUGGUGUGACAUGGAGACUGACGGAGGAGGGUGGACGGUGUUUCAGAGGAGGAAAGAUGGCUCCGUAGACUUCUUCAGGUCAUGGAAAGAGUACGUCCAGGGCUUUGGAGACCCCAGCGGAGAGUUCUGGCUCGGUUUGGAUGCUCUGCACACUCUGACCACCAGUGGCAGAAUGACCCUGAGAGUGGACCUGAGGGACGGACACGACUUUGUGUUUGCCCAAUACUCCAUGUUUGAGGUGGCCAAGAAGAACUACCGCCUCACAGUGGCUGGAUACAGCGGUACAGCAGGUGAUUCGAUGUCAUACCACAAUAACCGCAUCUUCUCGACCAAAGACCGGGACCCGGUGUCAUUCAUCACACGCUGCGCCAUGUCGUACCGCGGCGGCUGGUGGUACAAGAACUGCCACGAAGCCAACCUCAACGGGCUGUACGGCAUCAACUCCAAGCACCAGGGAAUAAUCUGGACGUCAUGGAAAGGCAAAGAGGCAUCCAUCCCGUUCACAGAGAUGAAGAUGAGGCCCACAGACUUUAUCCCAAACAAAAACAACUACAGAUAUUAAAGAGCUUUAAAGAGCACAGAGUACACACAUGCCCUCAACAGAAACACAGAGUACACACAUGCCCUCAACAGAAACACAGAGUACACACGUGCCCUCAACAGAAACACAGAGUACACACGUGGCCUCAACAGAAACACAGAGUACACACGUGCCCUCAAAAGAAACACAGAGUACACAUGUGCCCUCAACAGAAACAGAGUACACACGUGCCCUCAACAGAAACGCAGAGUACACACGUGCCCUCAACAGAAACACAGAGUACACACAUGCCCUCAUUAGAAACAUGUCUGAACAGGUUUUGUGUGUCAUCAAGCAUGUUUCAGUAAUCUAGAGAUGUCUCCAGAACCCUAUUCAAACCCUCCUUAUGGUUAGCAGUACAAGCCUGUACAAGUCUCCACCCAAGCCUACGUCACCCAUGCCCCCACACGACAAUUCUCUAUAAAUAUACAAAAACAUGAUACAAAACAAUACACUACAACUUCACAAACCUGAUGCCAUGUGCAGUAGUCACCCCCUCUGAAGAUGGGGUUACUUAAUACAUUGUUUGGGACUAUAUUUUCAGAACAAUAGAAGGUAACUCAGUGAUCUAAAUACGUUAUGUGUUAGCAGUUAUUAUCCCAUAGAAGUAAAAUACCUCCUCUUUAAACAACAACAAAACACACUUUUUAAAUAUACACACAAAAUUAUUCCUGCCUGAAGUCCAGACCACAGAGUUUUACUGACGGAGGAUUGGCUGUAGAUGUCUCCAUCAAAAGCAGAAGCCGACUUCUGACUUCGGGUUUUGUUUUUGAUCCAUUUUGAUCCAUGUAACUUGUGAUAGUUUACAGUAUUUGUAAGGAAUUGUUUUGACUGAAGACUUUGAUUUCAACUGAAUUAGUGUCUGCGCCCCCUGCUGGCAAAAGUGGGGACAGAAGCAUGAGAGGGUUAAUAAUCAUUAGAAUCAAUGAGAGAAUCACACUUAAAACAAGUUUACUUCUAUCCCAAAAUAAGAUCAGUUAUUUUAACAGUUUAAACUCACAGCACUUAAUCUCCAAACAGACAAACGUCAUGUUGUUGUUUUGUUUUGUAAAUACAUUCAGCACUGUGAGGCUUGUAUGAUGUAUUUGAACAAGUAAAACAAUAAGCUAAUAAAAAUAACAU